AUGAAGGCCCGUCGACCCAGCUGCACCGACUCUGGAUCCGAAUCUUCAGAGCUGGACUCCAAGAGCCCGGAGAAGUACGAGACUGCCACGAGGCGCCGGAUGGCUGCCAACGCCAGAGAGAGGAAGAGGAUGCAGGGCUUGAACACAGCCUUUGAUCGCUUACGUAAGGUGGUCCCACAGUGGGGCCAGGACAAGAAGCUGUCCAAGUAUGAAACCCUGCAGAUGGCCCUCAGCUACAUCGUGGCCCUCAACCGGAUCCUGACAGACGCCAGGAGGCACACUGGUCCUCACAGGCAGUGGCUGGACCUGCAGUUUGACUGCGUGCAGCCUGAAAACUACUCCUGCCUCAUGAGGUACGACUCCGCUACCGGACAGGAGUACAUCCACUCAUCGCUCUCGUAUCAGUUUGACGGGAACGAGGUGCACGCAUAA